GUCUGUUUCAGAUGCUGUUUUGCCCAACAGCAUACUUGCUUGCCACGCAAUUUGAUUCCCCGCGCUCUCUACCUCCUCCAUUAACUGCCAUGCCGCUCUCCAUUCGCCCCUCCACUCCGCCACCGUCGCCACCACCAUCGCCACCUUCACCGACAAAUAUAUACAAUCCAAAAUUUCAAUUUCUGCCGCGACGCCGAACCUCGCGGCGGCGAGAAACUUUUUAAAACUACUCAAAAUCCCAACAACACUUUCUUCUACCUCUCACUCCCACCUUUUUGCUUUCAAUGGCGGAUUCAGCACUACCAGAGCCAUUGAUAUACUUACACGGCGACUUAGACCUCACAAUCAUAGAAGCUUCUAACUUGCCUAACAUGGAUUUAAUGUCGGAGCACCUCCGCCGCUGCUUCGCCGCCGGCCGUGCCUGCAUUGCGCACGGCGGCAAUGGUGGUGAUGAUAAUAGAAUCGACCACCGCCGCAAGAUCAUCACCACCGACCCUUACGUCGCCGUCUAUGUGCCUCACGCCACAGUUGCCACAACUCAGGUGAUCCACAAUGAACAAAACCCUAGAUGGAAUCAGCACUUCAACAUACCUCUGGCUCAUCGGGCGCCGAAUUUGGAGUUCCAGGUGAGGGACAUGGAUUUGUUCGGACCACAAUUAAUCGGGAAAGUCAUUGUACCAGCUGAGAAAUUAGCUUCCGGAGAGUUAAUCACCGAUCGUUUUCCGGUGAUCGGGGCUUUCCGAAAGCCGUCGAAGCCUGAGGCGCUGCUCCACCUAAAGAUGAAAUUCACGCCCUGUGAUGACAAUCCACUCUACCAACACGGAAUUGCAGGCGAUCCACAACACAAGGGGGUGAGGCAUACAUAUUUUCCACUCAGAAGAGGUUGCUCAGUGCAAUUGUAUCAAGAUGCUCACGUUAGCAAUGAUAUUAAGCUUCCUGACAUUGAAUUAGACGAAGGAGGGUUUUUCAAACAGGGAAAAUGUUGGGAAGAUCUAUGCCACGCGAUAUUGGAGGCUCGGCAUUUGAUAUACAUGGUUGGUUGGUCAAUUAGUCUCAAGGUGAAGCUAAUAAGGGAGCCAACGCGGCCAUUGCCACGAGGCGGGAAUUUGAGUUUGGGUGAUUUGCUCAAGUAUAAGUCCGAAGAAGGGGUUCGCGUAUUGUUAUUGGUUUGGAAUGAUAAGACUUCACAGAAUAAAUUCUUCGUCAAAACGCCAGGAGUAAUGAAAACGCAUGAUGAAGAUACUAAGAAGUUUUUCAAGCGUUCAUCUGUCAUCUGUGUGUUGUCACCGCGUUAUGCCAGCAGUAAGUUGAGCUACAUCAGACAAAAGGUUGUUGGAACUUUCUUCACACACCAUCAGAAAUGUGUGCUUGUGGACACACAGGCGGGUAAUAAUCGAAAGAUUACAGCAUUUUUGGGUGGUCUUGAUCUUUGUGAUGGUCGAUAUGAUACGCCUGAGCAUCGAUUGUUUCGUGAUCUUAGUACUGUAUUUCGCAAUGAUUUUCAUAAUUCUACAUUUCCUAAAGGAAAUAAGGCUCCAAGGCAGCCUUGGCAUGACAUGCACUGCAGAAUUGAUGGACCUGCUGCAUUUGAUGUUCUUAUAAACUUUGAGCAGCGUUGGAUAAAAGCUUCAAAGUGGACUGAAUUGGGACUAUGGUGCAGAAGGAUACCUCAUUGGCAUGAUGAUGCUAUGAUAAAGAUAAAACGUAUUUCAUGGAUACUUAGUCCUGAUAAGUAUUCUUUUCCAAAGGAUAAAAAAUACACAACUAUUCCGGAGGAUGAUCCAAAAGUAUGGGUUUCCCAGGAAGAUAAUCGUGAAAACUGGCAUGUUCAGAUUUUCCGGUCUAUUGAUUCAGGAUCACUGAAGAGAUUUCCCAAAUCCAUUGAUGUUGCUGAAGCCCAGGUUGAAGCCCAGAGCCUUAUAUGUUCAAACAAGUUGGUGAUAGAUAGGAGCAUUCAGACAGCAUACAUUCAAGCAAUCAGAUCAGCUCAGCACUUCAUAUACAUUGAAAAUCAGUAUUUUAUUGGAUCAUCCUAUGCCUGGCCAUCAUAUGAAAAUGCGGGAGUUGAUAAUCUAGUCCCCAUGGAGUUGGCAUUAAAAAUUGCUAGUAAAAUUAGAGCUAGAGAGAGAUUUGCAGUGUAUGUUGUCAUACCAAUGUGGCCUGAGGGUGAUCCUACUUCUGCUGCUAUGCAAGAAAUUCUAUUUUGGCAGAGUCAGACGAUGAAAAUGAUGUAUGGAGUUGUUGCACAGGAGCUUAAAUCCAUGCAGCUUUCUGACUCAAAUCCUCUAGACUACCUAAAUUUCUAUUGCCUUGGCAAUCGGGAACAAAUGCUUGAGGAGAGGUCAACAGAAGGUACUCAGUCUCCUGCAAAUGAGAAUAAGGUUUUAGAUGUAGAGAAGUUUCGGCGGUUUAUGGUUUAUGUGCAUGCUAAAGGAAUGAUAGUGGAUGACGAGUAUACAAUAAUAGGAUCUGCUAAUAUUAACCAAAGAUCUUUGGAUGGUACAAGAGACACUGAGAUAGCCAUGGGUGCAUAUCAACCCGAUUACACUUGGGCUAAGAAGAAGAAAUACCCUCAUGGGCAGAUAUAUGGACACAGAAUGUCACUCUGGGCAGAGCACCUUGGGACCAUAGAAGAAUGCUUUAAGGAGCCAGAGAGUUUGGAAUGUGUGAAGAGAGUGAAUCACGUCGCUGAAGAUAACUGGAAGAAAUACACAGAUAGUAAUUUUACACCAUUGCAAGGCCAUCUUCUCAAGUAUCCCGUGCACGUAGAUGACGAUGGGACGGUAGGUUCCUUGCCUGGACACGAAAGUUUCCCAGAUGUUGGAGGUAAAGUUCUUGGAGCUUAUUCAUCUGCUAUUCUUAAUCCUCUGACAACAUGACUUCCACUUAUGAACGGGACUAAUAGAGCAAAAUAAAAAGAUAUAGAGGAUUGAAGGUUCAAAAAUGAUGCUUUGCCACCUUGCCUGCCCUUUUAGGUUUAAUGAAUAGGAGCUUUUUGUUUUAUUUCCUUUUUCCUCUUUUCUUUGGAGGGCAUGUUACUCUAUAAAUGUAUGAUGUUACAGAAAUGUGCAAAAAUUUCAUUUUGUAUGUUUAUUUAAUAGAUUUCUAUGGAUAAGGGUGCUAUGAACUGUAGUUUGGACAUUACUGUAGUUUAAUUAAAUUUAACUCCUUUGGCUUUUGCCAGAGCCAAUAUUAUCUCAGGGGAAAAAUGAGAAAGGGGAAC